GUCAGUGUGUGCAGCUUGCAGCACCAUCUCAGUCUCUCUCCAAACAGAAACCCCAGAAAAUCGACCGUUGUGGGGAUUCGGCUAUUCAAAGUUCAAAUUCAAACUCAGCAAUGCCAGCUCUGAGAAAGAGAAGCCGAACAGCAGAGUCUGCAAAGAGCAACACGCCUCAGCCCGAGAAUGGUAACCAUGAUCAACAGAAAAUGUCUCUGUACGAGAUCUCCAGAGAACAAAGAAUCCGCGAAAACCGUGAGAGAAUGGGAAAGUUGGGCAUUGUGGACCUCUCUCUCUCCCUCAAGCUCAGGCGCGCCCCAACGACCCACCACAAAACCACUACUAUUGUUCACCCAUCUGGCCCCGUUCGCCGCUCUUCCAGAUUGCAGAAUGUGUCUCCUGUUAGUUACUCUGAAGUGCCCCAUAAGAAAGCUGAGUAUUUGGAAACUGGGAAGGUUGUGAUAGAGGCAGGUUCAAAGCCUGAGGUUUACACUGAAGAACAUGAGAAGCUGUUGGGCAACACUGAGAAAAGCUGGACGCUGUUCGUCGAUGGUUAUGGGAAGGAUGGGAGACGGAUUUAUGACUCCGUCCAAGGGAAAACUUGUCACCAGUGCAGGCAAAAAACUCUUGGUUAUCGUACAUGCUGUAUCCAAUGCAACAUGGUCCAAGGGCAGUUUUGUGGAGAUUGCCUAUAUAUGAGAUAUGGGGAGCAUGUACUUGAAGCCUUGCAGAAUCCAACUUGGAUAUGCCCGGUUUGUCGUGGAAUUUGUAAUUGUAGCUUAUGCCGUAAUGCAAAAGGAUGGGCCCCUACUGGCACUCUAUAUAAAAAGAUAUCAGCAUUGGGUUACAAAUCAGUUGCACACUACCUCAUUCAAACUCGGCGCUCAGAUAUAGAUGAGGAGAAAAAUGCAGAUUCUCCCAACCCAGUUUCAGCAAAAAGGUCACUAACUUUCUCUGAUGGUGACGUUAAUGAGUUUCCUGAGGUUAAUGAGAAUCAUCUCGGGUCAUUGAAGCCGCCUAUAGCUGAAACUAAAAGUGAUGGUGAUGUUGUUUCGGCAAAGAAAUCGUUGGUUUUCUCUGAUAAGCAGGAUCAGCUUGAAAAAGUUGAAUGUUGGGACGACAUUAAGUCACUUCAGAAGGAAAAAGUUGAGAGUUCAGGUACCAUGAAGCAGCCACUUGCUUCUUCCUCCAAACCUUGCUCAGACAGCAUUGCUGGAAGACUUAGGUCUAGGCUAAAAAAACCAUGAUGAGGAUAUUGCUGGAGUGAUUAAUGUGCUUAUUUUGCAAGAAAACAUUAUGUUUUGAGAUAACCGAACUUGCUAUUUUGGCACGAACACUCUCUUCUGUCAUAACU